AUGAUGAUUCGCCUUCCAUUAGAUAAUAGUUCUGAAUGUGGGCUCACCACAGAUGAGACAAGCGGCGAGUACAGUAUCAAGCUACUCAUCAGCCCGGUCGACGGCCUGCUCGUCGACGGCUUCACGGCGCUCAGCGUGCGCUGCAUCUACAGCACUCAGGAACUGACGCUCACGCUGCCACCCGGACCGAGCGGCCUUCCAGUACUGCACAUCCAUGGCCCACAACUUGAUGACGGAGUGAUCACAGGAAAUGGAGUUGCCCCGCUUCUAUCCAUGCAGAUCCUGGACGGCCAUGGAAUCAAUGGCCCACCACUCGUUAGAGCGAGUGUUGGACAACGAAUCACCCUUGAUUUAGUGCUUAAAAACACCGGUGAGAAAAAUCUAAAAUUCGUAUUUCAACUAAGUCGUGCCAUCGAUGUCCCGGUGUUCGUCACCGAACCAAACGACCACGGAGCGAAGCACGUCUAUCUUCAUAUGUGA